CUGCUGGCCGUUGGACGAGGGCUUCUCUGGCCUCAACGUGACCACAUGCCCGCCCAGGCCGUGCGGCUCUGACAGGGAGUGACGCCAACACCGCAAUCAUGGUCGGACGUCUUACUCCAAUCAGCAGCCAGCCGAUUCUGGUACAAAGUGAAUGUCCGACUCGAUGCACGAAGCGGUACAGCUACUACUGCUCAUGGAUGAUGUGUUGGGGAAAGGCACUGGUCUAAUACCCGUGUGGUACUGUCUUGCGCAGAGGCCGAAACAGAAUUUCCUUUUCGCACAUUACGCAAAGGCCUGCCCAUUGUCGAAUCUAGCAUCUUAUUAUAUUGUGAACUUGAAGCAAGUAUCAGAGUGUGAGCAGCCCUUCCUCAGCUGUUUCGCGGUUUUUUUUUUUCAACCCUUCACUGUCACACACUCCGCUCUCCCGCGCCACACCAUCUCGGAAUCCACGAGAACGUCUCGUUUGCUACUUGGCUUUUCCGGUCCAAAAAGCUUGCUCACUACUAUCUUUCUUGUUCUUCCUACAUGCAGACGUAUUCGUAGUCGAAUCAGAAAUUCCUUUUUUGGGAGUCACUUUUUGCCCGUAAAUUCCCCACUAGUGCUUUGAAUUACAGAGAGCUUGGAAAAUGAAGAUCAUCCUACGGACACAAAAGCACAAC